GCGUCCUCCCGGUGGCAGAAUUUGUCAGCCUCGCGGCAGCUUUGAUGUGUGUUGUUAUGCCCGACCACGCCGACGUCAGCCUCCCACCGGAGGAGCGAGUCCGAAGACUGAUCCAGGUGGGAAGUGCUGUGGAAGUGAACGAGGAUGUCCCGCCACGACGCUACUACCGCUCUGGAGUGGAAAUCCUCCGCAUGGCGACCAUUUACUCGGAGGAAGGCAAUAUCGAGCAUGCCUUUAUUCUGUACAACAAAUACAUCACGCUCUUCAUUGAGAAGCUGCCACAGCACCGUGAUUACAAAACCGCUGUCAUACCUGAAAAGAGGGAGACAGUGAAAAAACUGAAAGAAGUAGCCUUCCCCAGAGCUGAAGAGCUCAAGGAGGAGCUAUUAAAGAGGUACGCCAAGGACUAUGCUAAGUACAAGGAGCAGAAGAAGGAGGAGGAAGAGGAAUUCGCACGCAAUUUGGCUUUGCAGCAGCAGCUGGAAGAAGAGAGAAAUCGGGUAGCCCUGAUGAAGCAGCAGCAGGCAGAGCAAGAGCAGUUCCAUGCCUUCGAGGAGAUGAUUCGACGACAGGAGCUAGAGAAGGAACGUCUAAGGAUAGUGCAGGAAUUUGGAAAGCCAGAGCCAAGUCCCGAAUCUCUGGAUGGACCCCUCAUCCCUGGCGUGGAAAAGCCCCCGACUGAUUUAAUCCCAAGGGUUCCUGUUUCUCCAGUUGACCCUGCAAGUCCAUCAGCAGGGACUGUCUCAUCCAAACCUCCUGUUGUGGACAGAUCUUUGAAACCUAGUGCUUUGGGGAGCACGGAAAACAAUGCAAGUAUGGAUGUCCUUCGCCAGGUCAUUGUCCCUAGGGAGCUCUGCCAGAAAUUCCUCCAGCUGGCUGACGCCAACACGAUCCGGGGUGUGGAGACUUGUGGGAUCCUCUGCGGUAAGCUGAUGAGGAAUGAGUUCACGAUAACUCACGUCAUCGUUCCCAAGCAGUACGGAGGCCCCGAUUAUUGCAAUACGGAGAAUGAGGAGGAGCUCUUCGUGAUCCAGGAUCAGCACGGCCUUGUUACGCUAGGCUGGAUCCAUACUCACCCCACGCAGACAGCCUUCCUCUCCAGCGUCGACCUGCACACACACUGCUCCUACCAGAUGAUGUUGCCGGAGUCCAUUGCUAUUGUGUGUUCUCCGAAAUACCAGGAGACAGGGUUUUUCAAGCUGACGGAGCAUGGCCUGGAGGAGAUCUCUUCCUGCCGGCAGAAAGGAUUCCACCCACACUCCAAAGACCCCCCUCUAUUCACUACCUGCAAUCACGUGUCAGUAGUCGAGAGAGACGUGGUCCUGAUGGAUCUCCGAUAGGCCACCUGCCUUAACGGUUUACAGAAAACCAUCUACCUUCCUUCUAGCCCUAGGGAAUUUUUUUUCCUCUUGUAGCAGAUGAUUUCUACCGUGUAGUGAUCCUUCCCCUUCCUCCCCCAAUAAUCGCGGUGAAAUCGGUACCCUGACCUCAGUGGGAGCACAUGAAACCUCAGUGCCUGGCAUCGGGCUGAUGAAGUGGUGCUGAGGUUCAAGGUGUGGGGAAAAGCUAACUGGAAAUUCAAAGACAGAAGCUAACACUGAAGCAAUUGUUUAAUACUCUAAUCUAUGGCUUGAACAGCUUGUUGUGGGGGGUUCCCCAUGAUUUGCUGCAACCAUGAGGUGUGAAAACCUCUUCAAGUGCUUCCCAAAGUGGGACUUGUCCAAAUUAACCCAU